AUGACUGCCGAACAGUGCCAACGUUGUAAUAAGAAUGCGGUGGAAGUUAUUUCUAGAAAGGAACUAUUUUGUGCUGAGUGCUUUAGGGUAUUUGUCAUGCAGAAGCAAAGAAAGCAAAUGAUGUCCGAUGAUUAUUACAGAGACAUUUUUAAAGUAAUGUAUAAGGACAAAAUAAGAUCAGCGGAAGAAGCUGAACAACAGAAUAAGAAUUCAACUAUUCUGAUUCCACUUUCCUUUGGAUCGUCCUCACUAAUGAUGUUAGAUAUUGUGCAUUUGACUCUAUUGGAACAAAAGAUGCAGCAUCAAAAGACAGGGUUUAAUGUUGAUGUGCUUAUAUGUUACAGAGAGUCUAAUGACGAGCUACUAACAAAUAUCCAGUCAAACAUAAAGGAACUAUCAACUGUUAGAUAUUCAGAGAAUAAAGAUAAUAUUAGGUUCCACACAUUAUGUUUGGACAGCAUGUUUGAGAUUGAUAAGGAGCUAAUCGAUCAGGUUGUCUUACAUAACGUCGAGUUCACAGGAAGACAAGUAUCUAUUAAUGAGUCCGAGCACGCAAAUCUCUCAUUGCAAACAGUACUGACUAGUUGUCCAAAUCGUUCUACAAAAGAGGAUAUAAUUGAUUUUGUAACUAAGCAUCUGGUGAAGAAAUAUGCAUACCAAAAUGGUCAGAAGGCAAUUCUGUGGGGCCAUUCGAUGACAAGACUUGCGGAUGAAAUUAUUUCCUGCGUUGUUAAAGGAAGAGGUGCGCAAAUAUCAUCAAAGCUAAAUACUACCAAUUUAGACGUCAAUUAUGGAUCAAGAUUCAAAAAUUUGUAUCCACUAAAGGAUAUCCUCCUGACAGAAGUUGAUGCUUACUGUGCUUUAUUUGACUUAUCAAAAUAUUUAAUAAAGUAUGAAUUACAGGAUAGUUUGCUUGUCAAUAAAUUAAAGAAAGAAAAGCAUAUUGGAAAUCAGAGAUUAGCUAAAAAUAUGACCAUCAAUGAACUUGCCCGUAAAUAUUUCAAUGAUAUUGAAGGCGAAUAUUCUAAUGUCAUUGCCACUGUUUUGAGGACUGGUGAUAAAUUAGAUGAACCGCUAGCUACUCUCGGAGAAAAACACUGCCGUAUAUGUAAGUCAACUGUUCAUGAUGAUGUUUCUAAAUGGCUCCGAGACAUUACAGUGAAUGUAGGGCAACCUCUAGAAUCUCAAUUGGAAAGGGAUUUGCAUGAAAAAUGGGCAACUUCUCAUAUUGGGCUCGAAACUACAGCAUAUUAUCAACUGCGUGAUAGAGUGUGGGAACAGGGGGAUGACGUUGAUCUAUGCUAUGGGUGUAUAGUAACUAUGCAAGGCGUAAAAAAUUUGAAUGUGCCGUGGCCAAAGAAUAAUGAACAAGAACUUAAUGAAGUUCUAGCAGAGUACAGUUUGGAAUAA